CGGGUAGUCUCUGUCAACUUAGCAACGAUAACCUUAUCCUUUCUUUUGUGCUUUCCGAGUUCUUCUUAUACAAGACAUAUCUGUUUGCUUGCUUGCUUGCUAUUCGAAGGCUUCACAUGUGACACAUCUGUGCUUAACAUCGACUAAGUUCUUCAUGUGUAAUGUUUCUUGCUGAUAUUUCUGAUUCCAUUUAUAUAUUUAUAAUCUUGUGAUUCUUCAAUGUGAAUGAAUGUGAUUUCUGGUGGGUGAAUUGUUAAGUUUCUUCUUCCUUUUUCUUUGGUACGUGAAUUGUUCUUCCUCCAGCUUUCUCCAAAUACAAACCUACGCAUCGAUCGCAAGGCAAGUUCAUCAAAUCGUACGAGUCUCUGAAUCGUCCCCUUCUGCUGCAGAUUGUUUCGUUCUACCAACAGCAGGUGGGAUGUGAAUCAAUCGAGAAAGAAGGGGUAUUCUGUUAAAAUCGUGUGGGAAAAAGGGCCUUUAGCGAAAAAUGAAAAUAAGAAUCUUGAAAAUAAAGAGAGAAUUUCUCGGAUUAUAUAAAAGGAGGAGGAGUUUAGUGUAAAAGGUUGGAAAAAAAUCCGUCUUUUUGUGGUCAGAAACAGUCCGAAGGUCACACCAUCACCGGCAGUAUAUUCGUUUCCUCCUUCGAUCGCCGCUGCGACUCCGGUAUCUGCCCCUGCGGGCGCGUCGAAUCUUGAGUUCUUCUCGCGUGACUGUUAAUUUGCUUCGACUGUGAUAGGAACAAGAAGACUGGCGGAGGAUGGGCGCUGUUACCAUGGUGAUGCUAUGUGAGACGGCUUGUGCGACUGGCCAUCAUCACUCUCUCCCCUCGCGAGGUUCGUUUUCUUUCUGAAGCUUGUAGUGUUUGAUGUAGUGGAUUUAGUUUCAGAACCAGCGUUCCGAUUUCGCCUUGGCUUAAAUACGUGCUGCGUUUCGAUUUUGUGUUUAGAUGCAUUCGCAGGAAACAGGAGAGGCAGUGGUAAAUUGUAGCCUGCGAAACUGCAAGGCAUUGACUGAGCUCCAUAAAGAAGCUCUUAAUGUGCCCUAGAGGCUACUUUAACUCGUGAAUGAGCUCCAUUAGAUCAUCACAGCAUCAGAUGUGUAGGAAAGAUAUACUUUGGGUUGCUUUAUGAUCUAUCUUUUGACAUUAGGUUGAUGGAGUUUAUAUUUCCUAAAUUUGGGUCUCCCAAUGGAAGCAAUGUGAUUAAUGCAUUUAAUUUUAUGGGAGAGAUCUGCUUUUUUUUUUUUUUUUUUUUUGCAUUUUUCACAUUGUCAAGGUCUCCACAUAAUGGUAAGGUUGCUCUUAAGCGACCUGAGUGGAAUCAUUGUCCAAGCAGCCUCUCUGCUUAUGGGAAAAGGCUGUACAAAUUUCUUGCCAUACAAUUACAGUGGUGGGAAUGGAGACUCUCAAACUGUCUUUUUGUGUGUUUCACAUUGUUUCUUUGGACAAAUUUCUUGUUAUCCAGCUUCACUGUAGUCCAUUAGAGUUGGCACUUUGCUUCUCUUUAUGGCAGAGAAUAAUUGGCCAGGUCUGCUAGAUAGGAAUUGUGGACGUAGUUGCUCUCCGGCAAGAGAACUUUUUCCUGCUAAUCGACAGAUUAUUCAUGAAUCAGGCAACUUGAUCACCGUUCUCAAUGGAAAUUGUUUAGGGUUUUGGGCUGCAGUUUAAAGCCUUUGCAUCAUCAAGGAAAUCUGAGAAGAAACUGACAAAUGAUAGGAAAAUUUCCAAGACUACGCAAAGAAAAGAACUUCUUUCGAAAGACUUUAUGGACAUGUCAGAUGAAGCUACUUCAGGCAAUGAUACCGAUUUUAGUAAUCGCAUUGAAUUGGCAAACAAUAAUUUAGGUGCCGAUGGCUCAACUUCAUAUCCCACCAGAGGUCAAGUGCUUCAAGCCUGCAUUAUAACAUCUGGCUUGUUGCUUGCUCUGGGUGCAACAAUUCGACAGGCAGCCCAUGUUGCAUCUGUGGAAGGAUGGGCAGUACUUGACUCCUCUGAAGUAUCAUUUGGUUUUGAGAUGUGGCAUCUUGAAUUGAUAUUGGGACUUGUUCUCUUGAUAUCAUCUAGCCGGUACCUAUUAUUGAAGACAUGGCCAGACUUUUCACAAUCAAGUGAAGCUGCCAACCAACAGAUACUCGGUUCGCUGGAGCCUUUGGAUUACAUUCUAGUGGCAUUUUUACCUGGAAUUAGUGAGGAGUUGCUUUUCCGCGGGGCAUUAAUGCCGCUGUUUGGACUCAACUGGAGAAGUGCUUUGGCAGUAGCAGCCAUUUUUGGAGUUCUUCAUCUAGGUAGCGGCCGAAGAUAUUCUUUCGCAAUCUGGGCAACAUUUGUUGGCUUUGCUUAUGGUGCGGCAACGCUCAUCUCCUCCAGCAUCAUUGUUCCGAUGGCCUCACAUUCCUUGAACAAUCUUGUGGGUGGCCUUCUAUGGCGUCUCACAUCUAUCAACCCAAAGGAGCGAGACAACGUCUUCUAAAUGUGGAGUUGUGAUGGGGUGACCAAUUAACGGAUCCAAAAUCCGAUUGGCGAAUUAAAUAACUUGGAUGUAAACGGGUUUGGAUAUAUGUAUGUAUAGAAGAUCCGAUCCAUCAUAAUUUCUACAUUUUGAUCCAA